AUGCUGCUGCGUACGCUGUCGUUGGCACUCGCUACUCUCUGUGUGCUAGGUGCACAUGCUCAGAAUUGCGGCGCUCGCUUUGGCAACGCGCUGUGUUCACAGGGCUUGUGUUGUAGCCAGUACGGCAGCUGUGGCUCGACCGACGAGUACUGCCUCACGUCGAAGAAUUGUCAAUCAAAUUGCAUCGACGACGGGCCACCACCGCCUCCGAAAGGCCCGAAGCCGCCCAAUAUCGAUGUGGGAUCGCUUUACAGACCUCCCGAUGGCGUGUUCAAUGGGUUUGAGAUGGUGGGUUACUGGUCGAGCUGGGCACAGUACUACGGCGAAGACCCAGGUACUCCUGCGUGCAAGAAGGAAGACAAGCAUCUUCCCGAAAACAUCAACCCUUUCCUCUUUACACACAUCAACUACGCCUUUGCCUUUGUUUCAAACACGAACUUCACCAUCAUCCCGCACGAGCUCGAUGAUGAGGACCUCUCGAAGCGCCUCAACAAUUGGAUGAAGUCCAACAACCCUCGCUCGCGCACCUCUCUCUCUCUUGGUGGUUGGACUUUUACCGAUGGGCCUGGCAGGUUCACUGGCGGAAUCGACUACUCCCAAGUCUUUUCGCAGCUUGUUUCCACCCGAUCGAAUCGCGAAAUCUUCAUCGACAGCUGCAUCGACUGGUGUCGUAGGCUUGGAUUUGACGGCAUUGACCUCGACUGGGAGUACGUGGGAGACACUUCGCGAGGCGGCAGCACGUCGGAUGGAGCGAAUUUCUUGACCUUGCUGCAGGAAAUGCGCGCGGCUUUCCGAUCGGAAGCCUCCUCGAGCGGUAAGGCGGAGCUGCUCAUCACUGUCGCGGCACCAGCGGACCCAGCCAAGGUCGCUCUGUUCGACAUCAAGGCCUGCCAGGAGUACAUCGACUGGUACAAUCUAAUGUCCUACGACUUUUAUGGCAACUGGGAUCCGACCAUCGACUCUACAGCGCCAGUCUACGAUACAUUCAAGCCGACGUGGUCUUUCGAUUCGGCCAUCCACUUGUACCUGGAUGCAGGCGUCUCUGCCUCCAAGAUCAAUGCUGGCCUUCCCGCUUAUGGACGCGUUUGGACGCUUCAAGACGUCACUCGCAAUACGCCAGGGUCUCAGGGUGGACCAGGUACGGCUGGUAGGUGCACUGGACUGGCAGGCUACAUGGGCUGGUUUGAAAUCGUCGAGAUCCUCAACGUCAAGGAUCGACUGACAACUGGCGACGAGGUGUUCAAGUACGUCCCCGGUGACGGUGCUUAUGCCACCUUUGACGAUCAGUGGGUCGGUUUCGACGAUUCCCGCAGCGUCGCGGAGAAGGUCGCGCUAAUCAAACAAUAUGGUCUCCGAGGCGGCAUGAUCUGGGCGGUCGACCUUGACACUAAGGAUUAUUCAUUUACCAGGAGCGUGCUAGAAGGUCGCAACUCGUGCCCCAAAAAUGGCGACUGGCUCCCAACGCCCGCCGGAGUCACCGCUUCGCUGCUGUGCGAGAAUCGCUCAGGAGCUUUAGGGGACGACGCAGCUCCACAACAAAAGCGGCUUUGCAAGUCUGAUGCCACGUGGGAUGUUGUCGAUCUCGCCGACUGCAACAAGGGUCUCAUGCUCUUCCAGAAAGCCAAAUCGCAGUGCAUUUAA